AUGGAGAAGCUCGGGCUGGAGAAGCUCAGACUGGGGAGCAGCAAGCUUGCUCCCAAGCACCAGAGGAACCCCACCCUUGGUGCGCGCGCUGCUGCCGUGUCGGUGCUCAAUCCUCCGCCGCCGCCUGGGCUGCUGCUCAAAAGCUUCCACUCCCGAUCCUGCGCAGAUUAUAGCCCGCUGGCCAAGUCGGUGCCAGCCUUCUCUCCCGAGGCCCUUGCCGACAGCCAAGUGCUGCAAGAGGGCCGAACCGCUGCCAGCCCGGCCCGCGGCGACCGCAUCCCUGCCAAGCAUGCUGAGGCGCCGCCUCCGCGCCGCGACCAGGGCAGCCUGGAGCGGCGGGACUCGUUGGCGCCUGCUGGCAGCGCGUGGAACCCCUGGCAAGGCCAUGCAGAGGCGCUGCCGCUGCCUGCCCGCCGGGUUGCAGCGCACAAGCCCAACCCUAGCUGGUUUGCCCCCGUUGUGGGCUUCGGAGGGCCGCCCAGCGUGGUGUGGGAGCAGCAGCAGCAGCAGCCGGGGCAUCCUCCACCCCCUGCUCAGCAGCAGCAGCAGCAGCAGCAGCAUUGUGACAAUCAGGUGCCGCCGACGGAGCCGCAGAUGAGCGAGCCUGUGAGGGACUCGCGACAGCUGCACCCGGGGCAGCACCGCCAGCACAGCAGCGGGGAGGCCGCACCGCCUCUGCUGCCCUCCUCUGCUGCGCCUGCUGCGCCGGCGGAGCUAGCAUGUGCUGGACCCCUGGCAUCCCAACUUGGCAGGCUGCAGCAGGAGUCGACGCAAGUCGCCAUCCCGCAGCAGGAGCACCCCACCUCCCAGCCGUCGCCACCCCCGCAGCCGCAACAGCACCAGCGCUCGCCGCCCUGGUAUCAGCAGGGGUGGCAGCAGGCUUCGCAGCGGCCUCCAGCUCAGCAGCUGCCGAGCAGCCGGCCAGCCCAAGGCAUGCCAGGCCCUGCAGGGCUGUAUCCCGGCGGCAACCCAUUUGCCUGCGAGGCCGUCCAGCUGGACAGCAUGGCAGCAGCAGCAACGAUGGGUGCUCCGCCAGCUGCACCGCAUCAGCAGGCCAGGCCGCCACGGCAACCAGCCCCAGCUCGCAGCAGCGCGGGCGGGGCAGCCGGCAGCGCGGGCCGCAAGCUGCCGCCGCCGCCCCGCUUCCUGCUGGCUCGGGCAAGCCAGCCGACGCCGACGCAGGAAUGCCCGGCAGCGCAGCCGCAGCCACAUGGCAGCCCGGCUGCAAAGCAGCAUGGGCAUGUGCAGCGCGAACAUGCGGCAGCGCCGGCCCCUGCUGCCGUGGCUCCGGCGGCUCCACCACCCCAGGUUCAGCUGGAGGCGGACAUUGAUGUGCCACCAGCUUCCCAUGCGCAGCAGCCCUCCGUGGCACAGCAGCAGCGGCAGCAGCAGCAUAAGCAGCGGGCAGCCGCCGCCGUCGCUGCCGCCGCCUCAGCAGCAGCAGCAAGCUGCCAGCACGAUGCGCCGAGUUUAAAGUCGGCCCCAACACCGCCGCCACCUCCCCCGCCGUUGCCUCCCACGGUCGCAUCAGCAUCAGCAACAGCAAUGUGCAUGAGCGGCACGCCGUCAUCGUCGGCACCAGCUGCCGCCUCAACCCCAGCUGCAGGCGGCAGCUUGUUGAGUGCCAUCAAGCCUGCAGAGCUUCUGGCGGCAGCAGGCAAGCUGCGCCGAGUCGGCGCCAGCGGCGGCAGCAGUCAUGAAGUGAUUGUCUGCCUUUUUGUGGGCUUGCAAUACUGGCAGAGCAACUUGCACAAUACUGGCAGAGCAACUUACAUGUGCCAGGGUGGCAGCGGCGCCGCCGGCGGGUGGUGCCUGACCAGCUCCUGCCCAGCCUGGCGGGUGUGCAAGAGGCUUAGUGUUGGCGAGACCGUCUCCGCCUCGUUUCUGGUGCUUCGGGAAGGGGCCCUUGCCUUUGGAACGGACUGUGCGGCCCGCCUCAAGCGCAAGCGCCUGCACGCCAGCAACGACUCGCGCAGCGAGGCCAGCAGCGCAGGCCGCCCCGCGGGCGGCCCCGCUGCGCCCCAUGGCGCCGGCCCGCCGCCGGCGCCGCUGGAGCCGUCGCCGGCGGGCGUGCCCUGGGCCGCUUCCUUCCUGUUUGACUACGUGCACCAGCGCGCCUUCCUGCGCCGCGACCGAAGCGGGCAGGCGGCGCUGGUGCGGGAGCGGCUGCUGGCGGGGGCGCUGCUGGCUGCCAGCCUGUGGAUAGCCAUCAAGUUUGAGGCCACCCGCACCACCACCCCAGACGCCAACCUCAUGAGCCGCAUCUCGGGCAUCCCCGCCGGCCUGCUGCGCCAGCAGGAGCGCCAGAUCCUGGCUGACCUGGGCUGGGACCUGAUGACCCUCGCCCGCGAGGCUGGCGCGGUGGCGCUGCCCGACCCCACAGAUGCGGGCUGCCUGGACCAGCAGCAGCAGCUGGCAGCGCUGGCUGCGCCCCUGAUCACCAACUGCAAGCCAGAGGCGCCGCCGGCGCGGGCUGCCAUGCUGGCCGGCCCCCAGGCCCGGCCCCAGCCCCUGGCGCAGCCCUUGGUGUGCAACAACCUGCUGGCUCAGCCAGAGGAGCACGACGACUGCUUCCCUGCCAUGCCUGGGGGAAGCCACAUGCAGGGCUGCUUGGGCAGGGUCCCCACCUCCGGCCUGGCUGCCCUGGGCUGGUGA